AUGAUGUAUAAUGCAGAAUAUGCCAUGUUGCUUUCGAUCUUCUUCAUUGGCUAUCUCGUCUGUGAAGUUCCCUCGAACAUGCUGCUCACUCGAUCUCGCCCGUCGUACUACCUGCCCGGUAUCAUGAUUGUCUGGGGCACCGUAUGCUCCGUGAUGUCGGUCGUCAAAAACUACGAAGGAAUGCUGGCUCUUCGGUUCUUUCUCGGCUGCAUAGAGGCCGGAUUCUUCCCUGGUGUCUUGUACGUGAUGACUUGCUGGUACAAAAAGGCAGAAAUCGUAGCCCAAGUACAGAUGGAUGCCAAGCCCCACAACUGGUCUACGUCAGCUUGUACUAAGGUGAAAUUGCAUUUUACAGGCAAGAGGUUUUCAAUCUUCUACACCGCUUCUGUGUGCUCCGGCGCCGUGAGCGGCCUCCUCGCUGGCACAAUCACCGGUAACAUGGAAGGCGUUCGAGGCAUGCGAGGGUGGCGAUGGCUCUAUCUGAUUGAGGGCGUCUGCACGGUCGGGUUCGCCGUGAUUUUCAAGUUCGUGCUGCUCGACUUCCCCGAGACAACGAAGCGCUUCUCAUUGGAGGAACGGCAACUCGCCGUGGUCCGCAUGAUCCACGAUCGGCAGACGACGGCGGCGCGACACGGCCAGCGCCUCACUCACUGGCAAUCUCUCAAGGCCGCGCUGGCCGACCCGCGGACGUACAUCUUUGUGGUGCUCUUCACGAUGGACCUGGGCUCCUGCACAAUCUCCUACUUCAUCCCCACGAUCGUCAAGCAGAUGGGCUACACGUCGGUCAUGGCGCAGUACAUGACCAUCCCCAUCUGGAUGGUCGGCGCCGUCUUCCUGCUCGUGCUCUCGUACACGGCCGACAAGACGAGGGACCGUAGGUGGCACAUCACGGGGUGCAUGUGUCUCAGCUUCAUCUGCACGCUCGUCUGCGUGACCGUGUCGAACCCCAAAGUCGUGUACGCCAUGCUGUGCUUCUACAUUGCCGGCCUGUACACGGCGCUCCCGCUCAUGCUUAAUUGGACGUCCGAGGUCAUUUCACUCCCUGCGGAAAAGCGCGCCGUGGUGGUGGCCCUGGUCAACUCUGUCGGAAAUCUCUCGGCGGUCUACGGCAGCAGGCUCUGGCCCUCGUCGGACGGGCCCCGGUUUGUAAAGGGGUUCGCGGUCACGGGCGCCUUCACCGGCUUCGGAACUAUUCUGGCGGCGCUGAUUCCUGUCAUCUUCUCGUACCUGCCCAAGGAGGGUAACACCAAGGCUGAGAAGGAGAUCUUGGCACGCGAGAGAGAGUUUGUUGAGAAUACCAGAGCCCCUGGUGAAGUGUAA